AUGGAAACACUUAUUUCUCCCACAAAAACACAACCUUUUUAUUCAUCAAGUCCUCUCCCACAAACCAAACGCCUUCAAAGUUUUUCUGAUCCAUUGACUAGCUUAAGGUUCAAACUCAGAGAGAGGCCUAAUCAAGGUCUAUGUUUGGCCCAAAGAUUGAAUUAUUCGGUGCCAGCUAGGUGUCGUAAAUGGGGUCCGGUGGUGGAGCUGGAAAGAGAUAUGGAGGCUGAAAUGAACCUAGAAGGGGAAGGUGAUUGGAUUGUGGAGAUUGGGAAGUUGAGAGAGGAAUGUGAAGAAAGCAAAGGAAUGGUGGAGCUGCUGGAAUGCUUGGAGAGAGAAGCAAUCAUGGGAGAUGAUGAGGGAAGAGACCCUACAGAUUACAACAGAAGAGCUCAGAUUUUUUACAAAAGUUCUCAAGUUUUCACAGCUCUAAAAGAACGUAGCACACUUUCUCAAUGCCAAUCAUGA